UUUGUAGAGGUAUAAGAUAACACUGCGAAGCUGCUAUCGCGCUGUUCUGAUCCUGUAGUUCUGUGUUGUGCAAUGGACGGCCGUCUAGAGACUGAUUUGUAUCCUAUGGGAUCCGGUUACGCUGCUGAAAUAGACAGUGUCCACGAUAUUACAGUUGGUACAAAGCGGGGCUCUGACGAACUUUUUUCCUCUUGCGUCCCUAACGGACCCUAUAUCAUGAGCAAUUCGACUGCAGCAGCCAAUGGCAACGACAGUAAGAAGUUUAAAGGAGACCACAGAAGUCCUGGGGUUCCCUCGCGUGUGAUUCACGUGCGCAAACUUCCCAAUGACGUCAAUGAAGCUGAGGUCAUUUCACUGGGACUGCCCUUCGGCAAAGUCACCAACCUGCUCAUGCUCAAAGGAAAAAACCAGGCUUUCCUAGAAAUGAACACAGAGGAAGCAGCACAAACGAUGGUCAGUUACUAUUCUUCAGUGACCCCUGUCCUGAGGAAUCACCCCAUCUUCAUCCAGUACUCCAACCACAAGGAACUCAAGACAGACACUUCUCCUAAUCAGGCAAGAGCACAAGCAGCCCUGCAGGCUGUGAAUGCUGUCCAGACUGGGAAUGUAGCGAUGCAAGGCACUGUGGACUCCGCUGUAUUGGGCAGUCAGAGCCCUGUCCUGCGCAUCAUUGUAGAGAACCUCUUCUACCCUGUAACACUGGAUGUCUUGCACCAGAUUUUCUCCAAGUUUGGCACAGUGUUGAAGAUAAUCACAUUUACCAAAAACAACCAGUUUCAGGCUCUCCUUCAGUAUGCAGAUCCUUUGGCAGCUCAGCAUGCUAAACUGUCUCUGGAUGGACAGAACAUCUACAAUGCUUGCUGCACUCUGCGCAUUGACUUCUCCAAGCUGACCAGUCUGAAUGUGAAGUACAAUAACGACAAGAGCCGUGACUACACCCGGCCUGACCUCCCAACUGGGGACAGCCAUCCCUCCAUCGACCAUCAGAGCAUGGCGGCCGCCUUUGGUAAGGAAGCCUAUUUCAGACUAGGUGCUCCUGGUCUAAUCUCAGCCUCCCCCUAUGGAGCUGCUGGGUUUCCAUCUGCCUUUGCCAUUCAACAGGCUGCAGGCAUGUCGAUGCAGGGUGUCCCUGGGGCGCUGGCCUCUCUGGGUAUCCCUGGUGCUGCUGCUGCAGGAAGGAUGGGCUUCCCCGGCCUCGCCUCGGGUCACUCGGUCCUGCUGGUCAGCAACUUGAACCCUGAGAGAGUUGCGCCCCAAUGCCUCUUUAUUCUUUUCGGUGUGUAUGGCGAUGUGAUUAGAGUGAAGAUCCUGUUUAACAAGAAAGAGAAUGCCUUGGUACAAAUGGCAGAUUCCAGUCAGGCUCAGCUGGCAAUGAGCCAUAUGAACGGGCAGAAGCUGCACGGGAAGGCGAUCAGGGUGACCCUGUCUAAACACCAGACAGUGCAGCUGCCAAGGGAGGGCCAAGAGGACCAGGGGCUUACCAAGGACUUCAGCAACUCUCCCCUCCACCGCUUCAAGAAGCCAGGCUCCAAGAACUUCCAGAACAUCUUCCCUCCCUCUGCCACCCUCCACCUCUCCAACAUCCCACCUUCUGUGGUUGAAGAUGAUCUCAAGAUUCUGUUUGUGAGCGCUGGGGCAGUCGUCAAAGCGUUCAAGUUCUUCCAGAAAGACCGUAAAAUGGCACUGAUCCAGAUGGGCUCUGUGGAGGAGGCAAUCCAGAGCUUGAUUGAUUUUCACAAUCAUGACCUGGGGGAAAACCACCACCUGAGGGUCUCCUUCUCCAAAUCUACCAUCUAGAGGAGCAGGCAGGGCAAAAGGAGGGGCCAUCGCCUAGAGAGUUCGACUCCUCAACCCGAUAACAAUCCACGAGACUUGCUUCCA